AUGUUUCAUUAUUGGUCGCAACUCCGAGUCAAUCUGAAGUUGAACCUGGCGCCAUUGACCUUUCUCCGCCAGGUCGAUGACAGCGACAAUGCCCUGUUUGCUCCAGAUGUUAGCAUGCAUGUCUCCCCCGAGAUACCAAUGUCCGUUGUGGUCAGAGGGAUCGAGUCCAUGUUCGAGAACCUCCAUCGACUGCCGUUCGUGCUGCGGCACCUGUUCACCCAGGGAGGAUUGACCAGCGAAGCUUGCCUCGCCGUGUUCAGGAGAUACCUCGGGACAUCUCCCGGCCAUGACCUGACCCUGGCAUUCAACACACAAUGUGCGGAGGAGCUUCUGCUUCAGACGGUUGCUCUAAAACAUCUGGCGGGGAUAAGGGCGGAUUAUAACUUGAAUCAGAAAGCAGAUCUAUCCUUCCGACACGUACUUCAGCACACGUUGGCAAUGCAAGCGCAGCAGAGCCCUCAAGCACUGCCUUUCAAGUUCUUGUUCGUCAUUAUCCUGCUAUAUCUCUAUGGCAGGCCGUUUCAUGCCUUGGGCCUUUUACAAGGCUUCGAACCGCUGAUCCACAAUGCCUCGCCAAAUUCUCAAGAGGAUCUGUAG